CGGAGCCGAACCACCGGCAUAACGAGGAAAGCCCCAAACGGCUUAAGGCCUCCCCUUUCCCCUUUCCCUUGUGGUGAGAAGGCGCUGAGGCAAUGUUUUAUGCCCACUUUGUACUCAGCAAACGUGGGCCGCUGGCCAAAAUCUGGCUGGCGGCCCACUGGGACAAGAAGCUGACCAAGGCUCAUGUGUUUGAGUGCAAUCUGGAGAGCAGCAUAGAGAGCAUCAUCUCACCCAAGGUGAAAAUGGCUUUACGAACAUCAGGGCAUCUGCUGCUGGGGGUGGUGAGGAUCUACCACAGGAAGGCCAAGUACUUGCUGGCAGAUUGUAACGAAGCCUUCAUCAAGAUCAAGAUGGCGUUUCGACCAGGUGUUGUGGAUCUUCCUGAAGAGAACAGAGAAGCAGCCUACAACGCUAUCACGCUGCCUGAGGAGUUCCAUGAUUUUGACCAGCCACUUCCAGAUCUAGAUGAUAUUGACAUUGCUCAGCAGUUCAACUUGAACCAGAGCAGGGUGGAGGAGAUCACCAUGAGAGAGGAGGUGGGCAACCUCACCCUGCUGCAGGACAAUGACUUCGCUGACUUUGGCAUGGACGACCGGGAGAUGAUGCGGGAGGAGAGUGCGUUUGAGGUGGACAUCAUGGGAGUGUCCGCCUCCAACCUGCUGCUGGAGGCCGAGGGAGGAGCUAACGCCACGGCGAACAAAUCCAACCAUCUGGAGUACGACGACCAGUACAAGGACGACUUCGGAGACAACCCCAUGGAGAGCACUGAGGGAGGCAUGCUGGUUGACAAGCUGCUGAGUAACGAGGAAGGAGACGGCAUCUUUGACGACCCUCCUGCCAUCACAGACAGCGUGAUGAUGCCUCAGGUCCACGGAUGUGAUGAUGACGACUUUGAUGCUCUCUCAGCCGGAGCCCCAGAUAGUCCCGACUCCGGCCCAACAGAGCCCCUACCAGCCAUGGCGGACCAGACAGAACAUACCACCCUGGUUCACAACGAAGAAGAAACCUUCGCCUUGGAGCCCAUUGACAUCACAGUAAAGGAGACCAAGGCCAAGCGUAAGAGGAAGCUGAUUGUGGACAGCGUGAAGGAGUUGGACAGUAAGACCAUCCGUGCACAGCUGUCUGAUUACUCCGACAUAGUCACCACCCUGGACCUGGCCCCCCCCACCAAGAAGCUGAUGAUGUGGAAGGAGACGGGAGGAGUGGAGAAGCUUUUCUCCCUCCCUGCUCAGUCUCUGUGGAAUGUUAGGCUGCUUAAGAUGUUUACAAGGUGUCUGACCCCCCUGGUGCCAGACGAGCUGAGGAGGAGGAGGAAAGGUGGAGAGGCCGACAGUCUGGAUGAGUUCCUCAAGGAUCUGGAGAACCCGGAAGUGCCCAGAGAGGAAACAACAGGACAGCAGCAGAGAGACAUCAUGGACCAGACCAUCAUGGAAGAGGCUAACGUUCUGCAGACCUCAGCUGUUGAGGGCAGCAGGACAACGCUAGACGAGUCGGUCAUGCCCCCCCCCUCAUCCCAACGUGGUCUCAAACGCAAAGCCCAGGACACGGAGCCAGCCCUGCCCGAGCAGCUGCAGCAGGAGUCCCAGCAGCAGGAGUCCCAGCAGCAGGAGUCCCAGCAGCAGGAGUCAUCCAGUGUGGAUCUGCCUCCAGAGGAGAGCACCAACAUCAGCCAGAUGAUAGAGUUGGACCUGCUCUGCGACAAGGACAGGAAGAAGGACGACGACGACUCUGAUGAAGAGGAGGAGAAGGGGCAGGGAGGAGACCAGGACCAGGAGGAGAGGAAGUGGAACAAGAGAACUCAGCAGAUGCUCCAUGGCCUUCAGAGGGUGAUGGACAAAACGGGCGCCCAGUCGGUGGGCCUGUUGGAUCUGUGCAGGAACAACAACAAGAAGCAGGCGGCGGCCAAGUUCUACAGCUUCCUGGUUCUGAAGAAGCAGCAGGCGGUGGAGCUGGUGCAGGAGGAGCCGUACAGCGACAUCGUAGCUACACCCGGACCUCGCUUUCACAUCAUCUAGAAAACACUAGUUUAGUAAGGAAAAGGUUAUUUUGUGGGAUGUUCUUCUUCCUGCAAUAUUUAAAUAUUGUGGUGGGAGCAAAGAUGUUUGAAUAACCAGGUUUGUUUAUUAUGUCUUCUUAGAAAAAAUCCAAAGCAAGGGGGGUUGCAAAUCAAAACAAUUGGCACUUUUCUUAUUUAUUAUAAUUUAUUUGAUCUAUUUAUAUUCUUUAGCUUUUUUUUUUUAUUGAUAAGCACUUUUAUCCCUAAGGAGAUGUUGUGUUGCACUGGCAUGGAACUCAAGUUAAAAUGUGUCUAGUUUAAAAUAUGUUCAUGGUGCAAGUGAUAACUCAAUCAACCCUGUUACUUGGAGACUCUUCUGUCCCAACACUGCAGGAAAAACAGUUCUCAUGUACACUGACAUUAGCCAAAAGGAGCAUGCACUAUACCCAGAGCCUGCAAGAGAACAUUUGAACAGUUACUACAGUAGUGAAACUCAACCAGCAACUAAUCAUGGUAUGACUGUAGUGUAGCACUUUAAGUAUUGCUGACUUCCAGUUGUACAUUUUGUAAAUGCGUGGCUUGCAUCUUCAACUGUUUGCACAAAACUAUAGUUGUGUCCCAAAGCCAUACUACAUACUUAUUUAAAAAAUGUUUGAGUGUGCCGCUUUUGCACACUAUAAAUAUAUUACUGCAUAGAAAUAGUAUCUACUAUGGAAGUGGGACACAGCUUUGGUUUCAACCUAUAGAUGAUGUAAACAGCAGUGGCCGGCCAUAUUUGCAUGCUAGUCCUGACAUGUAUUGGUGUAAUUGCUCAAGAAAUUAACAUUUGUAUUACUGUGUUGCUCUCAUAUUCCUAAAAGACUUGAAGUUUGUGAAUGGCUCAAUUUAUCCUGUGUCCUUUUUAUGUAUAGAUAAUCAUUUAGUUAAAACUGUACAACAAACUGUUAAGAAUAACUUCUGAAAGUUUAAAUCAAGUUGAUACUUGUUCAAUAUCAAUGUAUUAAUGUAAUAUAUAUAUCAAGAGAAUUCACUUUUUUGAUUAAAAAGCAACAUUUUUAAUCUCUAGAAUGAAUAAUUACACAAUCAAGAUGUCUAAUUGGUCGUUGGACUCACACAGCAUACAGUACAUUUCCAGCUAAAUGCAUUGUUUUUGAUAUCUACUUCGAUUUCAACCUUAUAUGAUGUAAUGUCUGAGUAUGUUAUAUUCUCAACUAUGUGCCUGUAAACCUGCUUUUUUAUUUUGUAAAAAAGCCAAGACAAAUCUUCCAUGACUCAAAAAUACUGCUAUGUUUCUGAACAUAUAUCAGUCCUGUGCCUGUAAGUCCUUAGUCUUGAAACUGUUGCAACAUUUUUCAAAAUAAAAAACAUACCGUGAACAGUAUUUUAAAAUGUUAUCAUGUGAAAAACAUUGCUUUAUUCUAAUAACAUCAGUAAAACACACUAGAGCAAGUAUCAUAUAUUUUAGAUUGUGGAACUUUUCAUAUAAUGAAUUAAAGAAACGAAUGGA